GCUGUGCGCCGGGAGUGGAAGUAUCCCAAGAUCAACCUUUAACAUGACCCUUUCAUGAUUUACCCCGUCAGCCGUAGUUUCUCCUCGCCCCCUAACGCCACUCUGCUUUCUCUUCUCCGGAGGCAGAAGGUUCGAACUCGAUAAAUAUCAAAGGCAAGCGCUUUGAUACUCUCCACUCUAAGCUAAUUCUCUCUUCAUUGCCCCACUGAUUGCGUUGACGCUUGCGGUUCGUUUCGUCAAUAAUCUAAUUAGAUGGCAUCGCCAGCUUGGUUUGCUCAGGAGGCACGUCCACCAGUCUCUCAAAUUCCUGUAUCUGGUCAAACUUCUGGAGAAAUAUCUGUGGCUUCAACUUCAAGUUCUGCUUCUACACCUUCUGGUGCAGUACAACCAGUCUCUUAUGGUGUGCAUCAGAGUUUGAAUGCAUCCGGGAAUUCUCAGCUGGUGAUGAAUUCUGCUGUGCCACCAAUGGUUGGUCAACCUCCAGUUCCUGGCCUCUCUUCAUCUGCUGCACCUUCAUUCUCAUAUAACAUCUCGCAGAGUGUUAAAUUUCCUACCGACCAGCAUUCACAAUCUAGCGCAAAUAAGUCUGAAUCCGUUGGACAGGAUGUUGGUAAAGCAUCAUCUGCCUCUAACAUUCUACAUUCUGCUUCUGUUCACACGUCUAUGUCUGCAAUGUCCGUAUCAUCAGAUGCCAACUAUCACGCUACUUCUUCUUGGAUGCCACCUACUCCAUCUUUUCCUGCACGUAACAUAAUGCCUGGAGCACCAGGAACUCCUGGUCCUCCUGGAUUAGCUCCAGCUUCUUCAAUAUCCUCCAACCUAGCAGCUCCAUCAGCAAACACAGAUUCUUCCUCUUCCUCAGUACCUAGACAAACUAUGCCAACUGCAGCCAUUGCUUCAAACCCUGUUGGCUCCCAUGUAGGCUUAACCUAUCCGUCAAUACCUUCUAUGGCUGCUUCUCAGGGACUUUGGUUACAGCCGCCGCAGAUGGGUGGUGUACCUAGGCCACCAUUUCUUCCAUAUGCUGCUGCUUACCCUGUUCCCUUUCCACUUCCAGCACAUGGUGUUACUCUCCCAGCUGUCCCAGUACCUGAUUCUCAACCUCCUGGUGUUACUCCUGUGGGAACCACUGGUGCCACUUCUGCAUCAUCUUCAGCACAUCAGCCAAGGGGAACUGCUGAUUUGCAGACAGAAGUAGUUGAGGGGCAUUCUGAUGACAAGAAAAAAUUGAAUGCUACUGGCACUCAGGGCAGUGAUGCCAUUAAUGAUCAACUGGAUGCAUGGACUGCCCAUAAAACCGAAGGAGACAUUGUUUACUAUUAUAAUGCCUUGACAGGAGAAUCUACUUAUGAUAAGCCUGCGGGCUUUAAGGGGGAGCCUGAUAAAGUCUCUGUGCAGCCAACUCCAGUUUCAAUGGUCAAUUUGCCUGGUACUGAUUGGGUACUGGUUACCACAAGUGAUGGGAAAAAAUAUUACUACAACAACCGAACUAAGACAAGCUGCUGGCAAAUCCCAAGUGAAGUGACUGAAUUGAAAAAGAAGCAGAAUGGUGAUGCUACUAAGGAAAAUUUAAUGUCAGUUCCGAAUACUAAUGUGUUGUCUGAAAAAGGAUCAGGAAUGGUUACUUUGAAUGCUCCUGCUAUUAAUACUGGUGGUCGUGAUGCUGCAGCUUUGAAAUCCUCUAGUUCACAGGGUUCAUCAGCAUUGGAUUUGAUCAAGAAAAAAUUGCAGGAUUCAGGAAAUCCUGUUAGUCCCCCUGCUAUUCCUUCGCCAUCUGGUCAGACACCAUCUGAAUCCAAUGGUUCAAAAGCACCUGACUCUACUGCUAAGGGCCUACAAUGUGAGAACAACAAAGAUAAACAAAAGGAUUCUAAUGGUGAUGCUAAUAUAUCUGACACGUCAUCUGAUUCAGAAGAUGAAGAUAAGGGACCUUCAAAAGAGGAGCGUAUCAUUCAAUUUAGGGAGAUGCUUAAGGAGCGAGGAGUGGCACCAUUCUCAAAGUGGGAGAAAGAAUUGCCAAAGAUAGUAUUUGAUCCACGUUUUAAGGCUAUCCCAAGUUAUUCUGCCAGGAGGUCCUUGUUUGAGCAUUAUGUUAAAACCCGUGCUGAGGAGGAACGUAAGGAAAAACGUGCUGCUCAGAGGGCUGCAAUAGAGGGAUUUAAACAGUUACUUGAUGAAGCCUCUGAGGAUAUCAAUCACAACACUGAUUAUCAAACCUUUCGAAAGAAAUGGGGAAAUGAUCAACGGUUUGAGGCAUUGGAUCGCAAGGAUCGAGAGCAGUUGUUUAAUGAAAGAGUACUUCCCUUGAGGAAAGCGGCUGAAGAAAAGGCUCAGGCAAUUCGUGCAGCUGCUGCUGCCAGUUUUAAGUCGAUGCUCCAGGAACGAGGGGAUAUAACUGUCAAUUCCCGUUGGUCAAGGGUUAAGGAAAGUUUAAGGAAUGAUCCAAGAUACAAAUCUGUGAGGCAUGAGGAUCGGGAUGUUCUAUUCAAUGAGUAUAUAUCUGAACUAAAAGCUGCAGAUCAGGCAGCAGAAAGAGAGACCAAAGCCAAGAAGGAGGAGCAGGAUAAGCUGAAGGAGAGGGAACGGGAGCUGCGCAAAAGAAAAGAAAGAGAAGAACAAGAAAUGGAGAGGGUGCGACUUAAAGUUCGAAGAAAGGAGGCAUUUACUUCAUUUCAAGCUUUACUUGUGGAGACAAUCAAAGACCCUAUGGCAUCAUGGACUGAAUCAAAGCCUAAGUUAGAAAAGGAUCCUCAAGGCCGGGCAACUAAUCCUGAUCUAGAUCCAUCUGACACAGAGAAGCUGUUCCGGGAACAUGUGAAGAUGCUUCAGGAGCGUUGCGUGCAGGAGUUCAGAGCUCUAUUGACUGAAGUCCUGAAUUCUGAAGUAGCAUCUCAAGAAAAUAAUGAUGGGAAAACAGUUUAUAAUUCAUGGUCUACUGCUAAACGUUUUCUAAAAUCUGAUCCACGAUAUAACAAAGUUCCAAGAAAAGAAAGGGAAGUUUUAUGGCGUCGGUAUGCAGAGGAUAUGCUAAGGCGGAAAAAGUCAGCUCAUGAUCCAAAGGAAGAUAAGCACGAUUCUAAAGUUAGAAGCUCUCUUGAUUCUGCAAAGCUGCCUCUGGAAUCAAGGAGAUCGGUUGAUAGAAGAUAAUUUUUUUGUUUUAAUUUCUUUUUCUUUUUUUGGAUAUCUCCCGUCUAGUUAAAAGUUGAAGUCAUCUGUACCCUGGAAGCUGAUAUUGGAGCAGUCAAGUAUUAUUUUAAAGUGUCAGACGAUGUACUUGAUCUGAUUCCUUUUAGAUAACAGCUCCCCUGAGGCAUGAGUGCUUUUGAUGGCCUAAUUGGCAUAUGCUUUAUGUCAUUGCUGGAGUCCUGUCGAUGAGGGGAUUUACAUAUUGUUCCAUAUAGCUCUGCCUCGGUAAUGAGGUCUAGCGUCUCAUUUGGUUGUAUUUAUUCAAAGACGCUAUCAUUAGUUGGUCAGUUAAUUUCUCAUAGAAUUUGAUGAUUGACUUGCACAUUAUCUUUUUUGCUGAAGGUCACGGGGGAUUGAAGGCUAAGUAAUGCAAUGAAUGUUGGCUGUAGGACCAGUUUCUGGCUGUUGAUUCUUAUAUCAAACCGUUGACGUUAAUAGACAUUGAAAAUUUAA